CGCCCCAUAGGACCGUUCCUGACCCCCGAGUGGGGGAAGGCAGGCUGUUGCCAUGGUGGCCUGAGUGAGACGAAUUCCUCCAGGGUGAAGUGGGAGAUAUUUAUACCCAGGGUCAGGCCUGGAGCAGGCGGGCAGCCGAGGGCAGGAGAGCUGGGAUUUCACGGGAUACAGCAAGGCUGGGGCUGCAGUGUACAAGCAGGUGGGACUUGGGCGUGUCACACUGUCUUCCUCAGUGUCUGUCUCUUCUCUGCCGGUGUGAGGCGCCACCCUGCUCUCCUCUGUGAGGGAUAAUGGCGUCCCUUGGCCACAUCUUGGUUCUCUGUGUGGGUCUUCUUGCCACAGCUGAUGCAGAAAAUCCAAAGAAGGAACAUGACCCAUUCACCUAUGACUACCGCUCCCUGCGCAUCGGAGGCCUCACCAUCGCUGGGAUCCUCUUCAUCCUGGGCAUCCUUAUCGUGCUCAGCAAAAGAUGCCGGUGCAAAUUCAACCAGCAGCAGAAGACUGGGGAACCUGAUGAAGAGGAGGGAACUUUCCGCAGCUCCAUCCGCCGUCUGUCCAGCCGCAGGCGGUAGAAACACCUGGCGCGCUGGAACUCUGCCAGGAGUCCCUUGGCACCUGACGCCUCCCACCCACCACCUGCGCGCCCACCGCCAAGUCCACCGCCUCCUUCCCCAGCUAUGCCGGCACAGACUCCUCACGCCGCCCAGACUUCCAAUAAAACGUGCUUUUCUCCCUUGA